AGAAAGGAUAGAAGAAGUACGUCAUGACGUAACAGCCUGUAGUCGUGAUGGCGGUGGAUUUGACUCCUCGAUUUAGAAGGUUGAACAGCCAAACAAGAAGUUUUCGUGAUAAUAUACAGCAUGAUUUCUCAGGACCCUUUGGAGCCACCCAGCUGUGGCAUAACAUCAUCCAUGCCCUGCAGUCUCAGGUAGAGGUGCAGCGCUGCAGGAGACACCUUCGCGUUCAUGCGGAAUGCUUCACAGGCUCGGACGCCGUGGACACAGUGCUCAGCUAUCUGAUGCAGAACGUCAUGUUCUGCACAAGCGACUUGUCUCGCCUCAAAGCUGCUCGACUCUGCCAGGCUCUGAUGGAGGCUAAGGUGUUUGAGCCAGUGGGAACAAAGCUGUUUCGCAGAGAGAAGGAGGUCACCUUUGAGGACAGCAGCUACAAUCUGUACCACUUUCUGGAAUAUAAAGGGGUGAGCAGUUCCACCGUGAAGGAAGGCAGUGUUGAUAUAGAAAAUAUAGAGCCUGAAGAACAUGGGGCAAAACGGAAAAAGAUGUCACGGUUUGAUGAAUUGUUGACAAUCUCCAAUCCAUUGGCAGUAAAGCCAUCAGAGAGAAUGGUUGAAAGGCUUUUGAGGACCAUUAACCUGCAGCCAUGCUUGUCCUCAGCUUUGAAAAAGCCAACCACAAACUCUGGUUUCUUGUCUAAAUCUGUUGUAGAUGAGGUUUGGAAGCAGCAGACCCUUCUACAGCUGCUGCAGAUGGUUGAGUUGCCUGUGUUGGAGUGCAUCCUGACCUCUCCUGAAAGGGUUCAGCCUCAGCGCUGCAGAGUUCCUGUCCACGGAGACUUGGUUAUCUCUAACACAUGCCUGGACAGGGAGCUGCCAGACACCCUCAAUCUACCUCAAAUGGAUGAAUGGCUGUCAGCAGCAGCAGACUGCUUGGAACUCUUUCCAGACCAGCUGAUUAUGGUUGCAGGGGAAAAGCUCAGCAAACAAGAUGGUGCUGCCUCCAUGGAGGCUGCCAACUUGGAGCAAAUGAUAAGCCAUAAGCGACUGCUCUUUGAUACUAUUGCUAAAUACUACAGCGGACAGGACAAAGCCCCGCUUCUCUCAGGGCGCUACUUGGAUAUACAUGCUGCAAUUUUGAAUUUACUCGAUGAAGGGAAGAGACAGGAUGCCAUAAGAGCAUCCCAGCUGUGUUUGCGACUGCUGGACACGAGCUCCAGGGAUGAACUCCGGAGAUUGCUGGCCUUCAUGGCAACAGCAGCUCAACCAGAUGCUUGCCAGUUGCAGAAGAAGACAGACAACCGGAUCCUGGUUUGCCGCACCUUUCAGAGAGCUCUUAUUCAGAAUCAUGAACUGACUCGGUCUCGCAGUGAAACUCUGGUGUACUUCUUGAUGGAUAAUCACACUGAGCUCUUCAAGACUCCCACAGCCCUUAUUGAAGCAGUGAGAGCAGCACUGAGGACACUGCAGCGAGGAAAAGACCCAGACUCUGUUGCAACGUUCACAUUCUGUCUGCAGGCGACUCCACAGGAGUACGAGGAUCAGCGUGAAGCCACCACCCUGAAGAGCCUCAAACAACUUCUCCAGGAGAUUUCGUCAAGCAAGAGCAUGAAGGUCAAAGAGAAGAGAAAGCUGCUCAAAGAGUUUGAAAAGCAUCACCCUGUGGUCUUUCUUCAGCAUUUUUCCAGCAUUUUCUGAGACUCGAUGAUCCUUGUUUUCUACACAAAACAAUUCAAAAAAUGUGCUGGCAGCUGCAGGAUUACAAAGGGAAUUAUUGGUGUUGGAAAAAAGAAGUACAUAUAGAAGUAUGCAUACAUUGACAAGUGGAACCAAUGCAAAUCCUGCUAAAUCACUGGAGGUCUCGAUGUUUUACAUAUUUUUGUUAAAAAGUUUAAUUUCUCAGAAAGAAUCGAUUCAGCUAUAAUUACAAGUGAUUUUUGCACUUACUUGAAAACUAUAAUCACAUUAACUUCAAUUUAGAGUUGUUUGAAAAAAGUAGCAAAAAGUCUUCCAAAUGCUGCUCCUCUUACAGCAUGAAAUAUUUGAGAUGGAUCUGACUUUUCAAACAUUGAUGUAGGAAAAUGUAUAAAUGAAAGCACUGAUGGAAUGAAAAGCAAUUUUAAAAAAUAGGUUUUCUUGAAGCAUGUUUUGUUUUUUCUGACUAGAUGUAGUAGAAACUAAAUCACAAGUUGUGUAGCUCAGGGUAAUGAAACAUGGUUUCUUUUUAACUAAACUGCAAAAGUAAUGUAGACGUUAAUUGUAAAAAAAUAUUGAAACAGUUUUACUUGAAAAAUAACCAUGAUUACUUGAUGGAAAGUAUUAUGUAUUGUAACUUUGUUUUGUUUGUGUAAUAAUUUUACUUUUAUUUUUUUUUAAUAUAUGUUCAGUUAAUUCUUAGCCAUGUUCAGACAAAAAUAAUUCAGCUGUAAGUUUACUGAAUUUUUUAUGUUUAUUUUUUAGAAUUAGUGGUUGUUGGCAAGACACUGAAGCCUGUUAUAAUGCACUUUGUGAUGCUAAUUAAAGCAUGUAACACUACAUGAAUAAAAUGGUUCUCAAUCAUA